AUGCAAUACGAAGAGGUCACGCCGAAGAGCUAUCCAGUCAACCUAAUUCAGAAAGACUGGACUAAACGAAAAUUAUACUUUAGAAGUCCUGCAAAAUUACUGCCAGCUGCGAUUCACGAUAUGGAGGUAUUCGAAGAUGAUGUUUGGAUUGUCACCAAUCCUAAAAGUGGCACCACUUGGAUGCAGGAACUUGUUUGGCUUCUGAUGAAUGAUUGUAACUUCGAGGCAGCACUAUCCAAAGAUCAGGAAUUACGUUCGCCAUUUUUAGAAUUCGAUUAUAUUAUGCACCGGGAUGUUGGAAGAGCAUUACAACCAGUGCAGGAGCUGGCAUCUCCUCGUAUUAUAAAAUCUCACCUUCAGCUGGCUUUUUUGCCCGCUCAACUUUGGGAAAAAAAACCGAAAGUCAUUUACGUCUUUCGCGAUCCCAAGGAUGCUUGGAUAUCAAGCUAUUAUCAUGGCGUUACUAUUGGUUUGAGAUAUGGUCAAACAUUGGAACAAUACAUAAGCGACGUACUGGAAAAAGAAGCCGUUCAGAGAGAUCCAAUUCUCCACGCCAUGGAGUUUUAUCAGCUACGAAAUGAGCCUUGGGUUUACUACACAAGUUUCAAUCGAAUGAAGCAAGAUCUGAGAAAAAUAAUCGAAGACCUAUGCAAGUUCCUUAAUAAGACUGUGACAGAGCAACAAAUGGAACGUUUGCUAAAGCAUUUAUCUUUCGAGGAAAUGAAAAAAAAUCCGACAACGAAUCAUCACUGGGAAUAUGCUCAAACACAUCUCCCAAACCGAGGCAAAGAAGUCUACAAUUUCACACGCAGCGGAAAAAUUGGUGGGUAUAAAGAAGAGAUGAAACCUGAACAGAUCGAGAAAGUUAAUCGCUUCAUAACGGAGAGUCUGCAGGCAAAUGAAGUUACACUCGAACAACUUUUAUUAUUGGAAUAAUUUUAACACAAUUCAGUUAUGAAAUUAAAUUAGGGUUAACUAUUUCAAAUAAAGUUGAUUUUUAUUCUUUAUAAUCUAUUGACAAAUUAAAAUUUCGUAAUG